CUUUGAUUGCGGGCCACGUAUUAUCUAUUCAGAGUAUCUACGUAGGAGUAGAGAGAAGGAUGGGAAGGAUACCGUGCUGUGAGAAGGAGAAUGUGAAGAGGGGGCAGUGGACCCCAGAAGAAGAUAACAAGCUAUCCUCUUACAUCGCCCAGCAUGGGACCCGCAACUGGCGCCUCAUCCCUAAAAAUGCUGGCUUGCAGAGAUGUGGGAAGAGUUGCAGGCUGAGGUGGACCAACUACCUCCGUCCGGACCUCAAACAUGGCGAGUUCUCGGAAGCGGAAGAGCAGACCAUCGUCAAGCUCCAUUCUGUCGUUGGAAACAGGUGGUCACUGAUCGCAGCUCAACUUCCAGGCCGCACCGAUAACGAUGUGAAGAACCAUUGGAAUACUAAGCUGAAGAAGAAGCUAUCAGGCAUGGGAAUUGAUCCUGUCACCCACAAAUCUUUCUCCCACCUCAUGGCAGAGAUCGCUACCACCCUCGCCCCACCUCAAGUGGCCCACCUUGCUGAGGCUGCACUCGGCUGUUUCAAAGACGAGAUGCUUCACCUCCUCACAAAGAAACGCAUUGACUUCCAACUCCAACGUGUGGCCACCACCUCUGGAUACGACAUGGCCCCACUUCCAGGCAGCAACCCCACAGCCACCCACAUUGCUGGGAAACCUGAUGACAAGGAUGACACCAUCCAAAAGAUCAAGAUAGGCCUCUCAAGGGCCAUACAAGAACCCGUCAAUCUUACUUCUAACAAACCAUGGACCAUGGUCUCUAACGGGGAGACAUCCGACGGCUUUGCUGGAAUCUGCAAUACAUUUCCAAUAACAACGGUCGGCGGGUUCCAGUAUGGAGCAUCAUCGUACGGCAACGAUGGGGAGGGCUCGCCAUGGAGCCAGAGUAUGUGCACGGGGAGCACAUGCACGGGUGGGGACCAACGGGGUGGCGGCAGCCUGCGUGAGAAAGGUGAGGAAGAUGAUGGAGAAGAAGCCGAGGGCGGAAAAGCUUCUGGAAAAAGUGCUGCAGCCAGCGUGUUUAAUUCGGAUUGUGUUUUGUGGGAUUUGUCUGAUGAUCUGAUGAAUCCUAUUGUCUAGAAGGG